UGGUACUUCAUGAACUCCAUCUUCUACGAGGCAGGCGCGAACAAUACGGCUGUGGUGCAGACUGCCCACCAGUCCCAGAACCAGCGCAUUCUCAGCAGCCGCAAAGCUUUCGAGGAUGAGCUGAAGAACAUGCAGGGCACCGCGUUCCUCGUUGCCGCCGAACCCCAGGCGCCGGGACAGCCGUGGGUUAUUCAGAGGCAGCACCGGGAGAAGGUCAACGAGAACGGCACCUCGAGGAUGCAUGUGAAGGUGACGGCCACCUACUAUACGGUUGGCGACAAGAUCCUCAUGUCGCCGAACAUGCUAGAUAUCCUGCAAGCGAGAAUGCUCUCUAUCACCACCAACAUCCAAGAAUUCUUUGACUUGGGGAGAGCUAUGUCGCACUUCGCACCUGCAACCGGCCACACGUACCUGCCGGCUUCCUACGAGACCACCAAGGCGGCCGUUACGGGUUCGGCGAGCCGAGCUGGAAGUCCUGGCGCUGAGUCUGUUGCCGACGGCUCCCAGAUGGCGGUUGCGCAGCCUGCCGAGACCUCCAUGACCGAAUACAACGACGACUUUUUCAUGCGCUCAUUGAACAUGGUCAACAGGUACGGCCACGAGUUCAUGGACGAGAACCCUCUCCAGGGCGAGCCCGGCGCCUUUGUCUUCACUAGCACUAAGGAACAGGUCGACGCAAGGAACAAGGCUCAAGCUGCUGCCCAGGCCACGGGCGCUACGUUGGCACUCCCAACCAAGCCGGCGGAGGGUGAGAGCGCAGUAAGCACGGCCGCUCCAACACCAAAGCCUCUUGCCGCAGAGCCACCGCCUAGGAAAGGGAGCAUUGCAAAAGUGCCAAGGCUACCUGGGGAGAAGAGGAGGAAGAGCAGAGGCUUAACAAGCCCAACGAGUCCA